GCACAUAUCAAGCGUUGUCGGUCACUUCCUUCCAUCUCCAUCGUGGUGAACAUGGCGGAGCACAAGGCUGUGCCCAGCGAUUUGUACAAAUGUGUGUACUCCUUUCUGUUGGAGAACAAGUUCACCAAGGCGGCUCAACAGUUUGUCAAGCAGGUUAUAGUGAGUCCUCAGGAUCCAAAUGAAGAGUCUCUUCUCAACAUCUACGACUUCUGGGUGAAAUCACCUAAAGCUCGGAAACGCAAAGCGAUUUCUGCCAAGACUGAAGCUGCUGGCUCAUUAGCCAAGAAGGCAAAAGCUAGUAGAGAGAGCUCCAGCAGUGAGGAGGAUGAAGCUGAUGUCAAACCCAAGAAGGCUACUCCUGCUGUCAAAGCAGCACCUGUUAAGGCAUCGGCUGCAAAACCUGCAGCUACAAAAGCUUCAUCUAGUAGCAGUGAAGAAUCAAGUGACUCUGAAGAAGAGAAGGCUCCUGCCAAGGCUCCCGUAAAGCCUACAGCAACUGCAAGUGGCGCAAGAAAGAAAGACAGCAGCUCUAGCAGUGAGGAAUCAGACUCUGAAGAGGAGCAGGCCACCAAAGUGCCGCCGAAGCCAGUUACCACCGCCAAGCCCAAAGCUCCUAUUCCCGCUACAGGAACGGCUAAGAAAAAAGAAGAGAGCAGCAGUGAAGAAAGUUCCUCGGAGGACGAGGAACCGUCCAAGGCUCCAGUGAAACCUGCCCAAGUGAAAACUGUUGCUGCAGCUGCCGAGUCGAGCAGUGAAGACUCCUCAUCUGAAGAUGAGGCUCCGCCUAGCAAAAAACCCAAAUCAGGAACGUACAGUGCAGUCCCACCUCCUGCUUCAAUUCAGAAAGCUGCAUCAGCAGUCAUUAAAGCCAAGGACGACUCAGACAGCAGUGAUGACAGCAGUGACGAGGAUGAAGGGAAGAAAGUAGCUUCUAAACCUGCACCCAUGAAGAAGACUGUGCCUACUAAAACUGGUUUGAAGAAGCCUGCAGCAAAGAAAGAGUCCAGUUCUGAGAGUUCAGAUUCCAGUUCAGAUGAAGAGGAGCCCAAGAAGCCUGCAGCCAAGGUCACACCAGCUAGAGCAGCCCCAGUCAAACAAACUCCGGCAAAAAAAGACGAUUCCUCAAGCUCAGACAGCAGCUCAGAAGAUGAAGCUCCAGCAAAGCCUGCCACUAAACCUACUGCACCAUCAACUGCUUCAAAAGCGCCAGCUGAGAGCAGCUCUGACUCCUCAUCUGAAGAGGAAGAAGUAGCCAAAGCCAAGCCAGUUGCGUCAAAGGCAGCUGUUCCAGCCACCAAAGCUGCCGCUGCGGCAGCAGAAAGCAGUUCAGACUCUGACUCCUCAUCGGAUGACGAACCAGUUAAAGGAAAGCCUGCACCGGCAAAGCCUGCACUGGCUACUAAGCCUGCAACUCCCGCCACUAAGGCUGCUGCAGCGGCAGCAGCUGAAAGCAGUUCAGACUCCGACUCCUCAUCUGAGGAUGAAGAACCUGCAAAGGCCAAGGCACCACCAACUAAACCUACUAAACUUGUCACCCCUGCUGCAAAGGCCAAGGCACCACCAACUAAACCUACUAAACUUGUCACCCCUGCUGCAAAGGCCACUGCUCCAGCAAAGACUGCAACUCUCACAAAGACUGCUGCACCGGAAAGCAGCUCAGACUCAGACUCCUCAUCUGAAAAUGAAGAGCCCGUGAAAGCAAAGCCUGCAAACACAAAAUCUUCAACGCCAGCUUCAAAAGCUGCUACUCCUGUUGCAACAGCUGCUAAAGCAAAAACAGCAGCAAAAAGCAGCUCUGAGUUGGACUCCUCAUCUGAAGAUGAAGAACCUACAAAAGCCAAGGCACCUCCAAGUAAACCUUCCAUCCCUGCUGCUAAGGCUGCAACCCCAGCAAAGGCUGCAGCAGCAGAAAGCACCUCUGACUCAGAUUCCGCAUCUGAAGAUGAAAAACCAUUCAAAGCAAAACCAACACCUGCUAAACCUGCCACCCCAGCUUCGAAGGCUGCCACCCCGGCAGCAAAAGUUGCUCCUCCGGCAAAGACAGUGGCAACAAGCAGCUCUGAGUCAGACUCUUCAUCAGAGGAUGAAGAACCUGCUAAAGCUAAACCAGCGACGAGUAAGCCUGCCACUCCUGCCGCAAAGACAGUUGCUGAAGAAAGCAGUUCUGACUCUGACUCCUCAUCUGAAGAUGAGACGGUGAAAGCAAAUCCAGCAAAGGCAAAACCUGCCACACGUGCUUCCAAGGCGACCACACGUGCUUCCAAGGCGACCACCCCCGCUUCCAAGGCGACCACCCCCGCUUCCAAGGCGACUACCCCCGCUUCCAAGGCUGCAACUCCUGCAGCAAAAAGCAGCUCGGAGUCUGACUCCUCGUCCGAGGAAGAGGACGAACCUCCUAAAGCCAAGACAGCUGCAACUAAAGCAGCUGUUUCUGCAGCAAAGACCGCAGGAGCCAAUGCAGAGAGCAGUUCGGACUCAGACUCUUCUGAGGAAGAAGCCCAAGCCAAGGCUAAACCUGUGGUCAAAAAAACUGUAGCACCUAAAGUGGCCAAGAAACCUGCCAGGAAGGCAGCAGUGGUAGCUAAAGCUGCAGCUUCAAAAGCAGCUGCAGCAAAGAAGGCCGAGAAGAGUAGCUCCGACUCGUCCGACAGCUCGGACUCUGAGACGCAGACCAAGAACACCCCUGCUGAGGCUGCCAUCGCCAAUGGGAACGCUUCUAAAGCUGGGUCGGCUAAACCUGCAGAGUCAUCAUCCAGUGACAGCAAUUCAGAGGAAGAGGCUGCUGGGAAAAGUACUAUUAAAACUUCUAACCCUGCGGUAGCCAACAAGGUGACUAAAGCUAAAGACAGCAGCAGCUCAUCAGACAGCACAGAUGAUGACGAUGAGGCAUCGGCAAAAGCUGCCACUACGCGCAACGCCAAUGGUAGCACCAAUGGCAAGCAAAAGAAAGAAAAGUCAUCAGAAAAUGAAAAAGAAGCAACGCAAACAAAAACUCCAAAAAGGAAAAAAGCAGCAACUACACCACAAACCUUUCCGAAAGACAACAAGUCUUCUCACGUACCUUUCCGAAGAAUAAGGGAGGAAGAUGUUGAUGUGGAUCCCCGCCUUGCAGACAACUCUUUUGACGCCAAGAGGGGCUCCAAUGGCGACUGGGGCCAGAAAGCGAACGACGUUCUCCGCUUUACCAAAGGCAAAUCAUUUCGCCACGAAAAGACGAAGAAGAAGAGGGGAAGCUACCGGGGGGGCGCCAUCAACACCUCGGUCAACUCGAUUAAAUUUGACAGUGACUGAGGACCCCGCCCUCACCUGCCCCCCCCCACCUGAACUCUACAGAACUUGUGUGAUGAGGACCUUCUAAAACAGUUGGUACUUUGACAGAUACCAUUUAGUAUGAAAGUAACACUUGAUGGGAUUCGUGGUGAAACACACAAGGCGCCCAAUGACGGCUUAUAGCCAGAUGCUGGUUUAAGGCCAUCAGGCUACACCAAAAAAAAAAAAAAAAAAAAAAAAUCGCAACAACAAAUACAACUAGUAUGGUUCUUUAUUUUUAAGCUUUUCCAUGAAUUACAGCCAUCAAACCUAUCAUGAUUCUUUAUUUUUAAGUUUUUCCAUAAGUGAAUUACAGCCAUCCAACCCAUCACUGGUUUUUCAAUUGAUUGUAUACAUUUGUCAGUCUAUAAUGUGAACAUUGGAGAGGGUUUGUACUCCCUAGUUUUUCCUUAAAUAUGCUGUGGAGGAAUUACGUUUUAGGGUGUGUAUUAAUAUUUCUUGCAUUUUAUUCCAUUUCAAUAAUUAGGAGUUAAUGUAUAGUCAAUGUUCCUUACAAACCAUGUUGCAUUGAAACAUGCAAAUGUUAAAAUUUAGCCAUUCACCGCUCCUGUUUUUGGUAGAAAUCUUUGUCUCCAAUUAGUUGAUCUCUUUUCUGUCGGGAUUUACCUUUCUAAAUACUUUUUUUUGUUAUUUUGUUGGGUCAUUAACCCUAACGGCAAUUAAAAGAUUAACAAUAUUGUCAAAACCAGUAUUGUAGUUGUGUUCGGUUGCCACAAGGUGGCACACCAUGCAGUUAAUUUAAAACAUUGCUUUCACUUUUGAUAUAUAUUUCUAGAUUGUCUUAAUUUCUCUCUGAACAAUAAAAUGGAUUAAACACAAA